AUGUGGCGAAAAAGACUGAUUCAACGAGAUAUCUUGCCUGCAUUAAGAUUUAAAACUUGUCGUCUACUUUCAGGAAAUGUUUGGAAUAGAGAACUUCCAAUAAUACAAUGUCGUAUUCUCGGAAGAUUGAGGAACAAGAAGAAAUCUAUUAAGAGAAAGAUUUAUUCUUGAGAAAAUCUUAACAGUUACAUCCAAUCACAAACUACACGAAAGUUGCCUUUUUUUUAUGGAGAUUUACCCAUCACAGAGAUGCACAGAGGAAGAGAACGAACUUCAUAUAUCCCCUUUCUACUCAAUCCAAAAACAAGAUCGGACGUUAUCCCGGUUCGUCUCCAUUUUUGUUAAACUAUUCCUCAAGCAAGGCAGCUGAUAGGUCAUAGAAGGGUUUGUGUGCAUAAUGAAAUCGUUAACAUUACUCAUUUUAAACUCUCCCAUGGUGAUAUAAUAUCUUUUCAAGAAAAUGAUGCGAGAACCCGCAAUGAAGAAAUAAAGAGAUCCUUCUAUAUCGAAAUAUCAGUUGAGAAAAUAAUAGGAAAAUUCCUGGAUCACCUGUGGAGAAGAACUAAAACAGAAUGGUUCCACCAACUCAAAACUAAGAGGGGAUGCCACCUACUACUAAAAUCCCGGUCUUUGCAACAAUUGUGUUUUUCUAUGCAGGAAGAAGACUUAGAAAGAUCAAAGAAGUUUGGAUCCGAAAAAGUAUGCUUAGGCAGUUCUUUCGCUGAGCACAACAAAAUGAAGAGGAAUCUCUAUAUCAAAUCAAUAUUCUUAUCGAAGAGAAAGAACGAGAAAAACCAAAAUAUUCCUACUCGAACAAGAAGUCCUAUAGUUUACAACUCUUCUUUAUAUAGUAAUUCGACCUAUUGCUCCGCCCCCCAUCAGUUUACUAAAAAGAUCAAAAUAAAAAGGAUUGAACUACCUACUCUUUAUUCGGAGGUGAAUCAUAGAACACCAAAGGUUGUGGUAUCUUAUGGACCUAACAUAGGUCACAUACCUCACGACAUAAGAUUGAAAGAUCCAAACCUUCUUCUUCGGAGCGGAAAGGGAUGUGGCCAAAACAUAUAAAGAUCGGUGUAGUCGCUCAUAGGGACACAUCUAUCCGGAUAGAGGAUACUCUAGGUCGUUUCAUAGAUAGAUAUCUCUCCAUAUAGAUAGGUAUCUCCAUGGAUAGAGAUAAAGAUAGGGAUCCAUCUAGAUCUUGAUUCACUAUUU